UUUUAGCAUCUGCCAUAACUAUUGAUUGACUAUGGAUGACUAUACCAAAAUAGAGAAAAUUGGAGAAGGUACCUAUGGAGUUGUAUAUAAGGGUAGACACAAAACUACAGGUCAAGUGGUAGCCAUGAAGAAAAUCAGACUAGAAAGUGAAGAGGAAGGGGUUCCUAGCACUGCAAUUCGGGAAAUUUCUCUAUUAAAAGAACUUCGUCAUCCUAAUAUAGUCAGUCUUCAAGAUGUGCUCAUGCAGGAUUCCAGGUUAUAUCUCAUCUUUGAAUACCUUUCCAUGGAUCUAAAGAAAUACUUGGAUUCUAUCCCUCCUGGUCAGUUCAUGGAUUCUUCACUUGUUAAGAGUUACUUGUACCAAAUCCUACAAGGGAUUGUGUUUUGUCAUUCUCGAAGAGUUCUACACAGAGACUUAAAACCUCAAAAUCUGUUGAUUGAUGACAAAGGAACAAUUAAACUGGCUGAUUUUGGCCUUGCCCGAGCUUUUGGAAUACCUAUUAGAGUAUAUACACAUGAGGUGGUAACACUUUGGUAUAGAUCUCCAGAGGUAUUGCUGGGGUCAGCUCGCUAUUCAACUCCAGUUGACAUUUGGAGUAUAGGCACCAUAUUUGCGGAAUUAGCAACUAAGAAACCACUUUUCCACGGGGAUUCAGAAAUUGAUCAACUCUUCAGAAUUUUCAGAGCUUUGGGUACCCCUAACAAUGAAGUGUGGCCAGAUGUGGAGUCUUUACAGGACUAUAAGAAUACAUUUCCCAAGUGGAAACCAGGAAGCCUAGCAUCCCAGGUCAAAAACUUGGAUGAAAAUGGCUUGGAUCUGCUCUCGAAAAUGUUAGUAUACGAUCCUGCCAAACGAAUUUCUGGCAAAAUGGCCCUGAAUCAUCCAUAUUUUAAUGAUAUGGACAAUCAGAUUAAGAAGAUGUAGCUUUCUGACAAAGAGUUUUCACAUGUUGUAUCAAGAACAGAUAGUUAUAUUUUUACUGUCAACUCUAUUUUUGUCUUGUGUAUUUUUGUUUUCUUUGUUGUUAAACUUUAAGCUGUACUUCAUCUUCUAACUUCAAAGUUGUAACUUAAAAAUGUAAAUAUUGUUCUAUAUGAAUUUAAAUAUAAUAAUUCUGUAUAUGUGUGCAGACCUCACUGUGACGAGUAUUUGUUACUGUAAUAAAACUAUAAAUUUAAUGUUGGUGUCAGGAAUUGGGAAAAGUUUGAGACAAUGUAAAUCAUAUCAAACCUUACAGCAGUCCGGUUUUCCUGUAGUUGGAACUAUUACAAUUUAGGAAAAUGUGCUAAUUAAGUUCACAGUUCAUAAUGCUGAAGUAUUUGUAUUCUCUGGAUGUUUAAAUUUCUUAUCAGUUUCCUUGCCACAUGUUAACUAUACAACCUUCCUAAAAAUGAAUGUUUUUCUUCUGGUAUUUCAGUGUGUGAUCUAAAUGUUUAAGCAUUCAGAAUGAGGAAACUGCCCAGAUUUGAAAAAUAAAGCUACGUUUUCAGAGGUUUUUAGUAACUUAUAAAACUAGCAUUAGAGUAUGCCAGAGUUUACUAGGUUUUACAGUUAAAGAUCCAGGGCAACCAAUAGCAGGAAAGAAGUUUAGAAAAUUUAUGAACUAUCCUAUUUUAUGGUAGGUUAUGAAAGCUAUUUGUCCAAGUGAAUUCUUAUGCCUUGGUCAGAGGUAAUAACUAUGCAAAGGAGUUUAUCGUGGCUUUCAAUUCUAACACUAUAUCAACAUUUGCAAGUGAAGUUUUUAUUAGCAGCCUUCUUAGAAGGUUCAUAUAUUUAGCUAAAAUCACUAAUAUGGAGAAUUAAGUUGUUUAA